UCUAGGUGCCUACCGAAAGGUGUAAAAAAAAUUAAAUGAAAUUACAGUUAUCUGUCUUUCCUUAUUACGUAUUCACCGAAAGCAUGGCGCGUCCUUCCAAAAAGCAACAUUCUCUCCAUUUGGAACCAUCAAUUGAACGUAUCCCCAUCGUUUAGUUAGUGACCAAAUUUCGGACAGUUCAGAUGUGGAUGUGAGUGAGGUUCAAAGCAGGAGGAAUACGCAAAAAAAAAGAUUGUUGAUAACGACAACAACAAUAAUAACCAGAAAGCCGGUUCGUUCCAGCACGCCACGCAACUUUUUUUUUUCUUCGGAGGUUGUUGUUCUGUUGAUUGAGGGAGUUCGUUGGGAUAACUAAAAGCAAGAAAUUGAAGAAGACGGUUGUUCCCGAAAUAAGAGAUUCGUUGAUGUGAGAAGCGCUGCGUCUGCAGUUAGGUACUACGACGAUUGGGGCAGAUUUGAAUUUCAGACUCUGCCGGUUUGAAUUGGGUUUCGUGUGUGGUGGUUCUGUGUUCUGAUUCAAAGCGAGGAGCUUACCUGCUGGAGACAUUCUCGAAAUUGGUGUUGAGUUGUGCGGAUUGAAUCACAAUGUUAUCCCGGCAAUUAUUUUCCCAGCUAGUGAGAGGCCAACGGCGGGUUGUUCCGUUGGCUAACUCUUUUCCUCGCAACACGGCAGGAGUUCAGCUUCAAGCAGCCAAUCGUCAUGUACAUACCGAUUCCGGGUCCCUGAAGCGGCCCCACAGAUCCUCCGAGGUCCACACCGUUCCACGUAUUCGGGCGGCUUAUCAAUCGCAGUGCAGUGAACACAAUCACAAGAUGGUGGUGGUUGAGAUUUCCGAUGGCAGUCGAUACGAAUAUCCACUGGUUUGGCUGCGAGAUAACUGCCAAUGUGAGAGUUGUUACCAUGCCGGAUCGAAUAGUCGAAUUCUGGACUGGGAGCAUUUCGAUGUCGAGCAUCUGCAGUUGAAAAGCUGCGCGGAAUCCGAUCAUGGCAACAAGAUUAAGCUGGUCUGGAGCGAUGGACAUAAAUCGCAGUUCGGCAUAGAUUGGUUGGUGGAGAGGAAUUUCAGUGAGGAAAAUCGGCAGGAUUACCUGAAGGAGUGGUAUCGGCCACAGGCCAGAUUGUGGGGUAAACAGGACUUCCGGGAUAUUCUAAGGGAGUUUCAGUUUGCCGAUGUCAUCAACAGCGAUGAAGCGCUGAAGGAGUGGAUUGAAGCGUUGAGUCGCUAUGGGUUGGCACUGAUUCGGAAUGCUCCUUUGACCGAAAACGAGUGCCGCAAGCUGGCCGAUCGAGUGGGAUUCAUUCGGAAAACGCAUUACGGAGAGGAAUUCAUCGUCCAAGCAAAAGAGGGCACCAGUAACGUGGCCUAUCUCUCAACGCCGCUGCAAAUGCACUCAGAUCUACCGUACUACGACUACAAACCGGGAUGCAAUUUACUGCACUGCCUGGUCCAAUCUCAAUCCGCCGGUGGUCAGAAUCUCAUAGCCGACGCAUUUUAUGUGGCCGAACUGAUGCGCCACGAACUGCCGGAGGACUUUGCCAUUUUGGCUGGAACGCUGGUCAAUUGGACGGAUCUCGGUCAGGAUGAGGGUGGCCAAUUCCACAGCAUCUACCGGGCACCGGUUAUUUGCGUUGGUCGGGAUGGCAACUUGGAGCGGAUUAAUCACAGCGUACCGCAGCGAGAUAGUUUCUUCAACAUUCCGGUUGAAAAGGUGGAACCCUGGUACCGUGCCAUGUCCACCUUCGUGCGGUUGAUUCACCGGGAGGCGGUUGAAUUUAAAACGGCUCCGGGGGACAUCUUGACCUUCAGCAACAUUAGGAUGGUUCACGGUCGGACUGGGUACAGCGACACCGAAAGCAAUACCCGACACAUCGUCGGAGCCUAUCUGGAUUGGGACGAAAUCUACUCCAAGCUGAGGGUGCUGAAAAGAAAACUUUCGCAGGAGUAGAAGUGAGAUUGGGGUUUGACUUGAACAAUAUUUUUAACUAGUUUUUUGGGUUUUGUACGUACCGCUUUGAAAAAUCGGACAAAUGUAUGCAAGUUGG